CGUUUUAACGCGGGGAAUAAUUAUUUUUUUAAUGCUAUUGAAACCUUUUUCAACGAAGCAGAGAGUCGACGACUUCUUUCUUCUUCUUCCCCUUCUCCUCUGAGCAAAUCCCUAAUUUCGUUUCUCUCGUCAGCGAUUCAGCUGCUCCCUCACUGUCAGUCACCAGCCCGCCUUCUCCCCGGCCGUUGCCAGCCCGCCACUGUGUAUCAUCACCAUUGCUGCGGCGAAUUUCUCUCUCCGCCGCCAACGCCACAGCCACUGGUUCUCUCGCCGGAAACCAGCUCCUCAGUUCCUCCGGCGCUCCUCUCUGGUAAGCCUGUUCUAGGAAGCUGCCGCCUUGCUGUUGUGUGUUAGAAUUGAGUUGUGCUGGUUUCUAAUUCGGAUUGCUACCUGUUUCUGAAUUGAUUGAAUUGCUGGUACAUGGGGUUUGGGAGCAUAAUCAAAUUUUCUUGAUGAGUUUCAAUAGUUUUUUUAGAUGGAUUUUACUAACCUCGAACAAAGAUAGGUUCUUUAUGGGGAGUUAAAGUAUUUCAAAGGUGAUUGAUUUCAGGGUCAUGACAUCCCAGGCCACUUUGUUAAGGUAGACCCUAGAAUGGUCGUGUUACCAGUGAUUGCUUGCAGAUAAAAGUUGAGAAUGAAUGCUAAUGUACCUUUACUUGAAAGCCCUUUUGUUGGCGGUGGGCCAAUUUCACAAACCUACACACAUUAAAGCUCUGCAUUUCAAGUUUCCCACAUUGAAAUAGAUUGCACAUUUCAGAUUGAUGGGGAAGAAAGAGUCUUUCUCUGUUGUCUUGGUUUUUAAAGUAAAUCUUACUCUUGUCAUGGAAUGCUCAUGAGAAGAAGGUGAUGUUGUCAAUGCAGGUUGAUAAGUACCUGUGACUUGAUGAUCAGCCCUCUUGGCUUCUCAACAUGAACAACCAGCGUGGCGAAGUACAUGAAGAACCAACCGUAGCAGGAUUCGAAGUCCCAAAUUCUCCCGAUUCAAGCUACAGCAAUCCUUACCCCGGGACCGAAGACGAGGCAAGGGACCCACCUGCAGUCCCACCACAUUUGCAACAGACCUUGCUUACCUACCCGGCAAGUGCAGACUCGUCGGAGUCGGUCCCACCUCCACAGAAUGUUAUUCUGAACCAUCUCUACAUCGAGAAUCGAGAGCCUCCACGAUCCGUGGCGGCACUCGGGUUCACUCAUCGCUUUAGAUCAAAGUAUGUUACGGUUGUGCUAUACAAACCUGUUCAGAGGAGGGGGAGCACCAGCUCAUAGGAUGCACAUAGAAUAAGAAAGGAGGCCUUCAUUAGAAUGUGGGUUUUAUCUCCCUCCCCCCUGGCUCUCCCUCAUUUGUUCAACUUGCUUCCUAUAGGGUGUGCAGAUUAGAAGGGAGAAAAGGGAUGAUCAGGGAAAGAAGCCAGAAAGGAGAAUUUUUUAUUUCCUCACGACCGAAAUGGUGAUUGAACCUUGGAGGGUUCUUCUCUCAGCUGGGAUUGUCAGCUGUUGUCAUUAGGGCUUAGAUAUAGCAUUGGAUGGUUUCUUGCCUUUCUUAUUAUGUAAAAGAAAGGCAGAAACAUACUUUUGUGUGUUCAUUCAAUGAUUUGUCCAUCUUGAUGGUAAUGGCUCUUAUUUAGUGAUCAUAUAUCUAAUCUUAUAUAGCAUUUGAUGAGUUAGAAACUGGUCUGCUUCUGUCUGUAACUAGAGUGUUUCUGUUAUGUGCUGUUUCUGGUUUGCUUACUGCUUCCCUGUUCUCAUACAUAAGUUUUAUAUAUAUUUAUUGUCGAUUUAUCUUUCUUGACAAUUUUAUCGCGUUUCAAAUUUGGUUUGUGAUUUCGAUUUGUUUCGGGCUUCAUCGUUUGUUUUAUUUGUUUCUCGCAUUUCGAACUUAACAGAGGUCAUGCAGAUAGAAUAUCUGAACUACUUCAGAUGAUCAAACCUAAUUUUCUAAGAGCUAGCUAUAAAGCAUUGAACAGGCAUGGAGGUUCAUCGUGUGAAAUUCAAGUUACAAUCUUCCUCGACAUUAUGAGUGUUGUCGAAGACCUUUCUCUACCAUGAAAGGGUAUCAGCAUUCUACCUCUACUAACUCGAAUUACUUUGACAACUUGCGUCGAAAAAAACAGUGAACAGAGUUUGCAAAUAAGGUCAUUAUUCCUCCAAGAAAAGGUUUGGAAUUUGGAAAUCAAUAACAAGGAAUAUCCUUGUCUUUGCCUAAGCAUGAAGCCACAACCAUGAACAUAUCUCCUCCAACCAUGAACAAUCGUGAAAGAUGAUCCCCAAAACUUGCUAGAUAGCUUGCUAGUAAUGCAAAAAGGACAGGAAUCUCAAUUACCAAUCCCAAAGAAGCUUGCCAUAAGCACGUACACAAAGAAUAACAUCAUCUUAAAGCA